GAGCAGCCUAUAAUUACGCAUCUGGUUUUCUUUUAUUUUGUAUCUUUACUUCAACUGCAUAUUUGACUACACACGACACCCAUCGUAGUUCUGCAUGCCUACGGGAGGUGUGUCCUAGGAAGUAUUUGCAUAAUAAGCCCUCUGGACGUCCUUUGAACACCGCCUUUUUCAAGGAAGUGGUGUAGGCUAGUACAAGAAAGACUGACGCAGACUGUACAUUGGAAGUUCCCCGUAUCUCAAGUCGUUUUCUUUUUCUUUUCCAAUUGGUUUUCUCUAUAUUAUUAUUUACCAACCGGAGAGGCGUCCUGAAAAUUCAACCGCGUCAAGGGAGAAGUUAACUUUAUGUCAAGAUGACGCUACCGUAUGCCCAAACUUCAACGACGUAUCGUACACUUAACGUAGCAUCGGAGCCUACGACAACACUGCUAUCUCCAGCUGGAAGUGAUCCUGGAACAACGUACAGGACCGUGAGCCUAUCCUCCCCGGUACAAUUUAUAAAUGGCGGUGCCAUUGAUGGAAGUAUGUACGGGAACAUGCGUUACCUGGUACCUGUCCAAAUGGUUAACCAAGCGCAUGUCAUGCCACAGCAGGUAAUGACACCUGUAUACCUGCAGAAUUACGGCAUGCAGAAUGUGGGCUUUCAACAGCGAAUAAGCGUCGGCAGUAUGGACGAAACUGACGUAAUUUACCGUCAAGUUGAGGUGGAGAAUGGGAAAGCGCCUUCAGUUUUCAGCCAGACGCCAAGUCCAGCCAAGAGCCCAGAGCCAGUCCCAGAGGUAGAGGUGGUGAACACCUCCUCCUCCACCACCAUCAAUAGCACUGUGGUGCAGGAGGAGAGCCUGGUUCAGCAGCUGUCUCGUGUGGAGGUGAAGGCCGAGUUGCCCGAGCCGGAGCCGCCCGCCCCCAAGCUGGACACGCGCUACUUCGGGGAGCUGCUGGCGGAGGUGUACCGCAAGAACUGCGACAUCCACUCCUGCAUCUCCGAGCAUGUGUCCAAGAUACGCGGACGGAAACACCUUUCGGAUGUCACCGUUGAUCAUAAGGUGGAUAGGCAGGAUGUGGAGGCCUUGAUUCCCAAAGGCAUGUCUGAGCUGACGAAACAGCAGAUCCGGUAUCUGUUGCAGACGCGUCUGACGGCGGAUAAGACCAUGCGCCUACUCCUCACCACCUUCAGCAGCCUGAGAGAGGAGCUGCUCCACAUGCAGGAUGACCUGAGGCGCUUGGAGAGCGAGAAGGAGGAGGUGGAGAGGAAUCUGAGCUUCAAGUCGGACCAGGCCCUGCAGUACGACCGCCUCAUCGAGAGCCUGAGAGACAACAACCGGCAGCUACAGUUGGCAGGCCAGUGUAGCAGCUCUACUCUGCAGGCUAAGACGGAGGAGCUGUCCCGCCAGUACAACCAGAUGCUGAGCUCCCUACGCGAGGAGAAGGACAAGGAACUGCAGAGCAUGCGGACCCAGCUGAUAAAGAUCCAGACUACACACACUACGGAGCGCACCAAUGACAAGAGCCUGCAGCUGCGCAUCACCGAACUGCUGUCCACUCUGGAGCAGAGAGACAGCCUCGUCAAGAGACAAGAGGAGGAGAUCCGGCGUCUUCAGCAGGAGAAGAGCAGCGCUGCACAGAAUGUCACGAGAACGGUCAUCACCAAAAGGUACAGGAACCAGUACCCUAUCCUGGGCCUGCUCAGUGAUGACUACCAGGCCACAUUACCAGUUAAGGAGGCCAAGACUAUUGUGAUUGAGAAGACGGGAGAGAUGAUCAAACAGGAAAUCUUUACCACCCCUUAAAGAACAAAAACAAAACAAAACUGCUUCUUCUCUGACAGGAAUGAAUGACAUGAAGACCCCUGGAGUCGUUUGCUCUCUCUCUCUCUCUCUCUGUCUCUCUGUCUGUCUCUCUCUCCCUGUCUGCCUCUCUCUCUCUCUCUCUUUUCCCCCAACCCCCUACUCCACCUCUCCUUCCUUACCCUGCACAGCAUGCUACUUCUCACCUCUCUCUUGCUCUCACUCUCACUCUCUUCCUCUGGGGCUAAGGCAGGGUGAUGGUGGUGGUAUUUGGGAAACGCUAAAUAUUAAACAUCAAGGUUUGGAUGUGGCCUGUGUUUGGGGCAGCUAAGGUGGGCAUUCAUGGGGAUAAAAGCUUUCGUGAUUCACCCAAAACUGCUAAGAACUUUUAAACGCUUAAGUCAUUUUCCAAUUUCAGAGCUAUUGAAUUCCUUUCAACAGUUCUGUAGUUUUAAUGUUUUAUUUUCCCACCAUGACUCUGAUGGCCUGAGAGACAUUCCUGCGCAUUGAGUACUACCAGAAAUGUAAAUAAGUUCUUAAUGAAUUAACCUUUAAGCAGUAUAAAACAUGGGAUGCUUGCUGUCAACAUGUACAUUUUACUCAAGGCAUCCCUUUUCUGUCAGGGGAGACAGACAUGGCCAACCUGUUAUGAGGAGUGGCCUUGUGGGUUUUGGGAAUGGUGUAAGAUUUUUUAUUAUUAUUAUUAUUUGUUCGCUCUGUACAAUCAUGUAUUUCGUCACACAUCUUGGUGUGGUGCUGGCAUAGUACAAAGGUCAUGUGGGGUAUAUAUUUUGCGUUGGCAGUUUGCUAAGGUCUUUUUCCUCUUGCUGUCAAACAUGACAUGUUGCUGGUGAUGGAGCUUGCAUGAUGGGGAAUUGUUUGAUAUUUUAUUUAUUGAUGCUUUCUCACACCAGACUAAACACUUCAAUUUAUGUCUUGUUUGCCACCGUAUGCCGUAACUCUGGCUUUCAGUUACAGUUUUGUUUUAUAUGCUCCUUGGUGGCUUCAGUUUGUUAAUUCGACCCCACUGGCACUGCAUCCUUGAACUGAGUAGAGUUUGAGUUCACUCUGUUGAAGCUGAUGGGAAUUUAAACAGAUCAUGGUUUUGUUUGAGUUCCUGGUGUGUUUUCGAGAACUGGAGGUGGGUGAAUCUGGACUGGGAUUUGAAGAAUGUUCUUAUGGUAAAGGGGGGCAUUCUUCAGCUCCUAGCGCCACUUUCAGGCCAGUUCCCGAACUGCACUGCAGCUGCAAAACAGAACUGACACAAACUCUAAAUCAGAUGCAAUACACUACUACUUUGGUUCAUUUAACUAAGUUAUGGUCACAACCUUUUGAAAAUAUCUUGGAAUAAUUCGAUUUCAAAGUAUUGUUGAUCAAGUUAGGCCUAUGUGAAUGCAAUCUGUUGCAUUUCCCAGAAGUGAAUAAAUAUUUUUGCAUUUUUUUUUCACAUUGCGUAUGCAUUCAAUAUUUACAUAUUGAACUGCAGCAGCAAUUAAAUAUUGUGUCCAAAUCUUAAAAUGUAAAAAAAAAAUGUACAAAACAUGUACAUGAGCAUUAUACCCCACUGCACUCAGCUGGUCGUACAGUGCCCUUCCUGAGUCUCGAUCAGUUUUGAAUGGCAUCUGGAACAUAUCUGUGGGACCAAUCCUGUCUCAUCUCUCAAAUGUAUUUACUUUCAAACUGUUUAAAAUUGCCCACACUGGUUUUAAUGGAAUAAACACAAAGGCAGACUACAGUCAAUAAAGAUGAGGAAAAACGGAACAUUC